AUGCUGGGGGUAGUGAGUGAAAGGCGUUCUGUAUCUGUGAUUGCUGGCUGGACGGCAACGGUGAUGACGGUUGAGGGCGGGAGGUUGGUGGUGAAGAGUGAUGAUAAGGAUGCCACGUGGUGGGAGAUGACAGUUGAAGGUCGGUGGCCUGGAGGUGUUACGAAUACCGCUACAGCUACAUCGAGCGUGAAAGUGUGGGUGGCGUUGCCACCGGGUAUGACACCGAAGCAUAUGCAGAAGUUGGAUCAGUUGAUGGAGUGGAGUAGCGUUGUGCUCAUACCGGCAAAAAGAAACGAGGACGCGAGGUUGGCGGAAAUACGUGAGCUUGCCGCAAGUUUGCUAAAGCGUGUCCGUAACCAGGUUGAGAAAUUGCAGGAGUCUGGUGAACUACCGGAUGGGGAACUUGCUGACCAUCCAAAAUACUUAGACCCGGGGGCGGAGGCGGACCUUGUCAUGCAGAGGGAGCGGUUGAGCAGGAGAGAAGAGAAACGUAUGCAGGCCCGAUGGGAAGUUAUGGAGAAGGUCAUGCACGUGGUGGCCCAGACCAUGCUUCAUAACUUCUCGGAGACGGACCGGGAGAAAGCUGUUGAGCGUGCAAGGAGUUGGGUUCUUGCUGAAAAGCGAAAUCGUGGCAAAAUCGAGUUUGGUGGCCACAAAGAAUGUAUCUGGACGUGCGUUAGGUUUGAUCAAUUACGGAGCAUACCGCAACCCCCUAUUUGGUACCGUUCUCUCCCCGACUACGUGUUGGAGCCCCUGAUGUGGCUGAGUGAUGACUUGAAGAAUGUACCCUGGUCGUGGGAGUCAUUGAAACCCAAAUCAUGGAAACCCAAAUCAUGGAAGCCAAGUUUCAAAUUUCAGAUGCCACGGUUGAGUGCGGUCGUGGUGACCGCUAUCGGAACCGCAAUGCUUUGGGGGUAUAACUGGUGGUAUAGAAGCCCUAUGCCAUAUCCCGCAAUCAGUCAUAAGGCACAUUGGGAGCACCAACAGUACUUGCACCGACCGGACCCACAACAAGACUUGUGGCCACAGGACUGCGAGGAAGCCGUUGUCGGGUUCGAAAAGGCACUAGCUCGCCAGGGCUUCAAAACCUACGGACCGCCGGACAAUGCAGUAGUCGCCAAGAAACUUUGCCCCGAGGCAACCGUACUCUUCGGAAACUCCGAUUGGUGGUUUACCGGCUUACCUGGUGGUACCGGUGAUAUGAGUGACAUCGCGAACAAACCACUGAACUACACCAUAGUCAAAACUGAUGCUUUUGGUAAGUUCGAAAAGAUAUAUUCUGCAGGAGAGGAUCAAAAGUGGCACCCAACAAAAGAAGAGUGGACUGAGUACAAGAGGGAAUUGGCGCGUCGUAUUCGAGAACGGGAACUGGCAACCGCCCUAACGGUUAUCCCCGGAGAAGAAGUCUUUUAA